AUGUCUGAUCUACCAACCCCUGUCGUGUUUUGCGGUCCCUCUGGUGUCGGAAAAGGCACUCUAAUCGAUCUACUCAUGAAGAAGUUCCCUGAUGCCUUUGGAUUCAGCGUUUCUCACACAACAAGAGGACCAAGAGAAGGAGAAGUCAACGGAAAGCAUUAUCACUUCACCACUGUUGAGGAUAUCAAGAAGGAGAUUGCUGCAGGAAAAUUCGUCGAAUAUGCUGAAGUUCAUGGAAACUACUAUGGUACUAGUAUUGCGUCCGUUGAGUCGGUGCAAAAGGAAGGCAAGAUUUGUGUCCUUGAUAUCGAUAUCCAGGGUGUCAUGAAAGUAAAGGAAUCGUCGCUUUCUCCGCGAUAUCUAUUCAUCUCCCCUCCAUCCAUGAAGGAGCUUGAAGACCGAUUGCGCGGUCGCGGAACAGAGACUGAAGAGGCAAUAAAGAAGCGCCUUGGAAAUGCAAGCAAAGAGAUGGAAUAUGGUCAAGGUGAAGGCAACUUUGACAGAAUUUUCGUCAACAACAAUUUGGAUGAAACCUUCGCUACCAUGACCAAGGAAUUCAAGGAAUGGUAUCCUCACCUCAAGGAAGCCUAA